CUAUCCUGAUACGCCGCCGGCGAAUCCUUACCUCUUUUACCUGCAUACCUCCACAUACAAACAAAACCUCUCAAACACUAAAAAAGAGACGGAGAGCGAGAGAGAGAGAGAGUCUCGCAAAUCAUAAACUCGCGUAACCAACCGCUUCGCAUUUUAAACUGCCUCCCGUGUCCCGCAUUAUUUACGUAUAUAUCUUUUAUAUAAAAUCCAGUCCGAUUUUGUAUAAUUGAAAAUUUCCCUUCCCAAUUCUCAAAACAAAUAAGCAAUUCAAUCCAAUUCUUCGCCGAGUUGGGAUUUGAAUUCUUUCUCUUGGUUUCCCCUUUCUCAGUCCGAAAUUAUCGCUAUUAAAUUCACGCUCUCUCUGGAAAUUCUGGCCCUCUUCAACCUACAAUCUUUUAACGGAAUCAAUAGUCCCUUCUAUUUCACGCCAUUUUUAUGUAACCGUUUUCUUUUGCUUUUCCUCAGGUUUCCGUUUCUUUUUUCUCUCAAGAAAACAUGAAAAUACUUCUCACCAUGCUCCGUUUGGAUCUGUUUCUCUGUUCAUUCUGAAUUUCCCUCUCUUAUGCAUCACCUUUGUUGUAUUUCCACCGUCUCCGGCCAUUCCUCGACCAAGUCCUUACCCAUGGCAAUCACGUCUAGAUCCGACCCUAUUACCCGAUCCCUUUCUGCUAAUCACAAUCACCAGACUCAUAUAUUGAACCACAACAACAGCAUCAAUAGUAAUAGCAGCAGCCUCAUCAGCAACAGUAAUCGGCCUAGCCAGCGGUUGUCGGUUCAUUCGCUGUCGUUGCCGAGAGAGCAGCAGUUUGAUGUCAGGAUAAAUGAUUUAGUCGGAAAUGGAAUAUCGGGCAUUCUGUAUAAGUGGGUGAAUUAUGGGAAAGGCUGGAGGCCGAGAUGGUUCGUUUUGCAGGAUGGUGUUUUAUCGUUUUAUAAGAUUCAUGGACCUGAUAAGAUCAUCGUCAAUCGAGAGAUCUUGAAAGGAUGCAUAGUUAUCGGGGAAGAAUCUAAGAGAAGGAUUUCGAAGCAUAAGAACGGUAACACUCAGCACAAACAUAAUCCAGUCGGCGAAAUCCAUCUCAAGGUGUCAUCGAUCCGUGAGAGUAGAUCAGAUGAUAAGAGAUUCUCGAUAUUCACUGGCACGAAGAGGCUCCAUUUGAGAGCGGAGACGCGGGAGGAUCGUUCGCAAUGGAUGGAGGCAUUGCGGGCAGUGAAGGACAUGUUCCCUCGCAUGUCCAACAGCGAACUAAUGGCUCCAAUAGAUCACGUGGCCAUCUCAACGGAGAAGUUGAGGCAGCGGCUUCAGGAAGAGGGCGUAAGGGAGGAGGCAAUCCAGGAUAGCGAGCAAAUUAUGAGGAGCGAAUUUGUAUCUCUACAAAACCAGAUUAUGCUGCUUAAGCAGAAGCAGUGGCUCCUCAUCGACACCCUGCGCCAAUUAGAGACCGAAAAGGUUGACCUGGAAAAUACAGUAGUUGAUGAGAGUCAAAGACAGUUCAAUGAUCAAGGAGCGCCUUCUAUGUUAAGACAAAUCUUGUCCAGUGCAAGUGCAACUGAAUCUGAUGAUGAGAAUGAGGGAGUUCAUGCUGCAGAAGAAGAAACUGAUGAUGAUGAAAAUACCUUCUUCGAUACUCGUGACUUUCUAUCAUCAUCUUCCUUCAAAAGUAGUGGAUCUGAUUUGAGGACAACAUCUUUCUCUUCUGAUGAAGAUGAGCUUUAUGCUCUUGAAUCAGAAGAUGAUAUUGAUCCUUCCAUUAGAGCUGUUGGGAAAGACUAUCCUCAUGUUAAGCGGCGUAAGAAGUUACCUGACCCAGUCGAAAAAGAAAAAGGUGUUAGCCUUUGGUCAAUGAUCAAGGAUAAUAUUGGGAAGGACCUCACUAAAGUUUGUCUUCCAGUUUACUUUAAUGAACCUCUCUCUUCUCUACAAAAAUGUUUUGAAGAUUUGGAAUACUCGUACCUCCUUGACCGAGCAUAUGAAUGGGGAAAAAGGGGUAAUAGCCUUAUGAGGAUGCUUAAUGUUGCUGCUUUUGCUGUAUCUGGAUAUGCUUCAACCGAGGGAAGAAUUUGCAAGCCAUUCAAUCCAUUAUUAGGGGAAACAUACGAGGCUGACUUUCCAGAUAAAGGCCUCCGAUUUUUCUCUGAGAAGGUCAGUCACCACCCCAUGAUUGUUGCAUGUCAUUGUGAGGGUACAGGAUGGAAAUUUUGGGGAGAUAGCAAUCUAAAGAGCAAAUUUUGGGGUCGCUCAAUUCAGCUUGAUCCUGUUGGUGUUUUGACUUUGGAAUUUGAUGAUGGAGAAGUUUUUCAAUGGAGCAAGGUUACAACAUCAAUAUACAAUCUCAUAUUGGGAAAAUUGUACUGUGAUCACUAUGGUACAAUGAGAAUCGAAGGAAAUCGUGAAUAUUCAUGCAAACUGAAAUUCAAGGAGCAGUCCAUCAUAGAUCGUAAUCCUCACCAGGUGCAUGGGACAGUUCAAGACGGGAAGGGUAAAAGAGUGGCCACUCUGUUCGGAAAGUGGGAUGAGAGCAUGCAUUACAUGAAUGAUGACUGCCCUGUGAAGGGAUCUCUAAAAGAUGCCCGUGUGCUUUGGAAGCGAAGCAAGCCUCCCAAAUUUCCCACCAGAUAUAACUUAACCCGCUUUGCCAUAACAUUGAACGAACUCACCCCAGGACUUAAGGAAAAGCUGCCGCCUACAGAUUCUAGGCUUAGGCCAGAUCAAAGGUACUUGGAAAAUGGUGAAUUUGAGAUGGCGAAUUCUGAGAAACUGCGACUUGAGCAGCGGCAACGACAGGCCCGGAAGAUGCAAGAGAGGGGUUGGAAACCGCAAUGGUUUGAAAAAGAUAAAGGAAGUGAUUCAUAUCGUUACAUUGGUGGAUAUUGGGAGGCCAGGCAACAGGGAAAUUGGGAGUCAUGUCCUGAUAUAUUUGGCCAAGUUCCUAAUGAUCAGCUCCUUGAUUAAAGUUCAAUUGCCAUCAAAUUCUUUUUCCAUUUUUUUGGGGAUAGAUAGCGGAUAACUGCCGGUGUUCGGUUGAGGUGCUCUAUGAAAUCCCUGCAAGUAAAUUAAGAUCCUGUAAUAAAAGAUAUUCUUUUUCUUCUUUUGUUUUCCCGAAUCACCCUUUUCUGGCCCAUAUAAUCAGUAAAUUCACCUCAAGUUGUUAUCA